UCACACAGCACACGCUGCAGCCGGCACCAGGUGCCAACUCUUAUUUCGGGGGGCUCUCACAAGGAAAACACGAGCUGGUCUUCCAGAGUCCUACCUCGGCAGCCAGCGGUCCCCUCUGGCAGCCCAGAGUGGCUGCAGAGGGUGCAGAAGUGGAUUCCAGACUACCCAAGCAGAGACCCCGCGUUUGCUGCGCCUUGGGAGCUGCGCGCCUCAACCAGGGGCAAAUUCCCUCCCCGAGCCGUGCGGGAGGCAGGAGAGCCCCAGCAGCACGCCGGUCCCUCGCGGUGGCCCAGUGCCCGGCACCGGCAGCCCCGUCCCUGCCGGCCGGGCCCGCAGCGGGGGCGGUGCCAGGGCGGGGCGGGGACGCCACAGCCCGGCCGGAGCCGCCGCGGGAGCACCGAGCGCCCGGAGCGGGCAGCGCCAUGGCCGAGAGAUGCGACGUGGUCGUGGUCGGGGGCGGCAUCUCAGGUCUCUCAGCAGCCAAGCUACUGACUGAGUCAGGCUUGAAUGUGGUGUUGCUGGAAGCCAAUGACAGGGUUGGUGGAAGAACUUUCACUGUGAGGAACAAGCAAGUUAAAUAUGUGGACCUUGGAGGGGCUUACGUGGGGCCAACCCAGAAUCGUCUCCUGCGACUCUCUAAAGAGUUGGGAAUAGAGACAUACAAAGUGAAUGAAGUUGAGCACCUGAUACAUCAUGUCAAGGGUAAAUCUUACCCCUUUAAAGGGCCAUUCCCUCCUAUGUGGAAUCCAUUGGCCUACCUGGACUACAACAACCUGUGGAGGACCAUGGAUGAAAUGGGAAAGGAGAUUCCCAAUGAAGCUCCAUGGAAGGCUCCACGUGCAGAAGAAUGGGACAAAAUGACUAUGCAAGAUUUCAUAGAUAAAAUAUGCUGGACAAAAGCUGCCAAGAGUUUUGCAACUCUGUUUGUGAAUGUGGAUGUCACCUCUGAACCCCACGAGAUCUCUGCCCUCUGGUUUUUGUGGUAUGUGAAGCAGUGUGGGGGCACAGCGAGGAUAUUCUCAACGACCAACGGGGGACAGGAGAGGAAGUUUGUUGGGGGCUCUGGGCAGAUCAGCGAGAAGAUCAUGGAGCGCCUGGGGGGGCGGGUGAGGCUGAGGAAGCCGGUCGUGCGCAUCGACCAGUCGGGGGACGGUGUCAUCGUGGAAACCCUAGACCAUGAGUUAUACGAGGGCAAAUACGUGAUCAGUGCCAUUCCCCCAGCUCUUGGUUUGAAGAUUCAUUUCAACCCACCUUUACCCCCAAUGAGAAACCAGCUCAUCAACAGAAUCCCCAUGGGCUCAGUCAUCAAGUGCAUCGUGUACUACAAGGAAACUUUCUGGAGGAAGAAGGGGUAUUGUGGUACCAUGAUCAUUGAAGAUGAGGAUGCUGCAAUUGGUCUGACACUUGAUGACACUAAGCCUGAUGGCAGCUUUCCUGCCAUAAUAGGCUUCAUUCUUGCUCGAAAGUGCAGAAGACUGACGGGUCUCACGAAAGAAGAAAGGAAGAUGAGGCUAUGUGAGCUCUAUGCAAAGGUUCUGGGAUCAGAGGAAGCUUUACAUCCAGUGCAUUAUGAAGAGAAGAACUGGUGUGAAGAGCAGUAUUCUGGGGGCUGCUACACAGCCUACUUCCCACCAGGCGUAAUGACUCAGUAUGGAAGGAUAAUUCGGCAACCUGUUGGCAGGAUCUAUUUUGCUGGCACAGAGACAGCCACAGAGUGGAGUGGAUACAUGGAGGGGGCUGUCCAGGCUGGAGAAAGAGCAGCCAGAGAGAUACUGUUUGCUAUGAGGAAAAUCCCAGACAGUGAAAUUUGGAAGCCAGAACCUGAAUCAGUUGAUGUGCCAGCUUUGCCCAUCACUACAACCUUCUGGGAGAGGAACUUGCCAUCUGUGCCAGGACUGCUAAAGCUGAUUGGAUUUUCCACUUUCUUCACCUCUGUGGCUGCAGCUGGGUUAUUUGCCUACAAAAAGGGACUUCGAAACUGAAAAAAGACUGCCAAAGCUUUAGGAAAGCUCUCUUUGUCUUUAAAGCCGUGUCUUGCUAUGAUUGUGCUGUGGACCUUACCACCACUAUGGGAUUAAAAAAAGGAUUUGCUGCUGUUUUCUCAACAUUUUCAACACAAAAGGAAUACAUGGCACCUUGUGUACGUGGAUGCCAGCAGGAUGAGUGAAUUGACAAAUGUAGGUAGAGAAUCAAGCUGCUUCCCUAUGGGUAGAGGGAACUGUUAGCACUGGCUUAUGUUUUUGAAACUAAAAUUCAUGCUAACCCUUUGAAGAGAGGAAUGAAGUCUGUUUUAAUGGAUAACCAGUUGUGCUGUAUUCUCAAUUUAUUAACACACUUGAUGAGACAACUGCUAUCAUGAAAGUUCCAACAGUUUACCAGCUUUGUAAAAUGUACUAUAGGAACAACUAUGGAAAUAAUUGUAUUUGUCUCUUACGAACUGAACUGUGUUACCAUGCAUAUUUUGUAAUGCUCUUAAGAGUUUACAAAAAAAAAAAAAGAGAUUUACUUUCUUAUACUCUGUCCUGAUAGCCACCGUACAUUGCAAGGAAAUGACAGGUCAUGGCAUAAAAAUCUGUGUUAACCAAAGUACUUGAAAUCUAAUUGUGUAAACUACUCAACAAUAACAAGGAUGUGAACAACCUGAGGCAGCCCCCUUGUCUUCCCUUUAAUUUGUGCAUUUUUUUACCCAGUGCAGAUCUUGAUUCCAAAUAGCACAUCUGCUCUCAAUAUGAAGACAUUAAUCAAGUAAUUAAGUACAUGUCUGAGCAUUAUCCAUCACUGGAACCCAUGGCCUGGACAAGAAGCUAUGGGGCUUGAAGAAAUCUUUCUGUGUCCACAGUGGGACUGUUGUUUCACUGAAGUAGGCUUUACAGAUGUGCAGAAAUUUUAAGAUUUUUCCCCUUUUUUGAGACAUGAAAAAGAAAUAUUUUUGAGGAAGAAGGAAUUGUAUGACCCCCAGAAGUACUAGGGAGUCAAGAUUAAGUUGCAGAUCUGCCACUUGGGCAAGAAGCAAACCCCGUCAAAUCACAGAUUACAAAUGCUCACAAAUAAACCUGACCUGUGUUCAAAUGAACUAACAUUCCCUCUCCCAUCUCCACCACCUUAAGAUCACCUUGAUCUUCCUUCUGUUGAAGAACAGGUUGUAAAAAUGAGACAGCCAAAGCAGCCUUGCUUUCUAAGUGUCUCUCCAGUGAAUUCGUUUAGGCGUUGUCAUAGACUGCCGCUUAUAGCGUGUCUGCUGUGCUCAUGUGCAGGUCAGUGCUCAGUGGUGCCUGCCUCUGUGUUUUGGGAAAAAAAAAAAAGAGUGACUUCACUUUGCAGGAAUAUAUAUGCUGUGUGUGUGAUGAAUUUGUGCCUUUUAUAACCGUAGCAUUUUCUAAAGUGCCUCUGUGGUGACUGUCUCCCUUGGUUUCCUUCUUCAGCUCCCUUUUCAAUAGGCUCUGCAGAUAUUUUUAUCUGACAGCUGUGAAAUUUUUUUAACCUUAAUUAGAAUCAAUAAAUAUUGUCAUGUCA